CCUCGACGCGCCAGAGGGACCGGAAAGCUGAGCCCUAGCGAGCGGCCUGGGCAGCUGGGGGCCCCGCUACACCACGGUCUGCCCGGCAUGGAGGGCGAGUGCCGGGUGCUCUCCAUCCAGAGCCAUGUAGUCCGUGGCUACGUGGGCAACCGGGCGGCCAUGUUCCCGCUGCAGGUUUUGGGGUUUGAGGUUGAUGCGGUGAACUCUGUGCAGUUUUCCAACCAUGCAGGCUAUGCCCACUGGAAGGGUCAAGUGCUGAAUUCCCAGGAACUGCAUGAGCUGUAUGAAGGCCUCAAGAUGAACAGUGUGAAUAAGUAUGACUACGUGCUCACUGGUUACACGAGAGACAAGUCCUUCCUGGCCAUGGUGGUGGACAUCGUGCGGGAGCUGAAACAGCAGAACUCCAUGCUCAUGUACGUGUGUGAUCCCGUGAUGGGUGACAAGUGGAAUGGCGAAGGCUCCAUGUACGUUCCUCAGGACCUCCUUCCUGUGUACAGGGACAAAGUGGUGCCCGUGGCAGACAUCAUCACUCCCAACCAGUUUGAGGCUGAGUUGCUGAGUGGCAGAAAAAUCCACAGUGAGGAAGAAGCCCUGGAGGUGAUGGACAUGCUGCACUGCAUGGGUCCUGACACAGUGGUCAUCACCAGCUCUGACCUGCUCUCCCCACGGGGCACUGACUAUCUGAUCGCACUGGGCAGCCAGAGGAUGCGGAAGCCUGAUGGCUCCACGGUGACCCAGCGCAUCCGGAUGGAGAUGCGCAAGGUGGAUGCUGUCUUCGUGGGCACUGGGGACUUGUUCGCCGCCAUGCUUCUGGCGUGGACACACAAGCACCCCGACAAUCUGAAGGCGGCCUGUGAGAAAACUGUGUCUGCCAUGCAACACGUGCUGGAGAGGACCAUCCGGUGUGCGAAAGCUCAAGCAGGAGAGGGACAGAAGCCCAGCCCGGCUCAGCUGGAGCUGAGGAUGGUCCAGAGCAAAAAGGACAUCGAGGACCCCGAGAUCAUCGUGCAGGCCACGGUGCUGUGAGGGCCGUGAGCUCGCCCUGACACAGCACAGCGUGCUGGGGUCUCCGUUUCCAUCCCCGUGAGAGCUGUGAAGUCUGCCUUAGAGCCCUGACUGAAACUCAACAUGGUGUUCCCUCCUGAGGGUCGGGUCUCAGCCUGUCUCAAUCCUGAAAAUGUGCCAUCGUGGCUUUUUAAAAUAAUAACAAAGCUGUCACGAAAUGUGACUCAGAAACAUGGCCCCUUCCCCCAAGGCCCUGGGCCUCCUGACUGCCUCACGCUGCCUCACAGGUCUGUGGGAGGGAGGAGGCAGAGGCAAGCCUGUGCCUGUGGACCCUUCUGUUGGCCACUGGCUGCCAUUGCCCCAGAUCCUGAUUGUGCUGGGACCGGGCCUGCGGGCACACUGUCUUUAAAAUUGGGUUAGGUCUUAACCAUUGGCAUCUGGAAGAAUUAUGCCAAAUAUCUUCAUUGCCGUUCUGGUCUUA